AUGUACCUUGAGCUGCGGGUUAGUGUCGACGAAACGUCGCCAGUCGACGCUUCCAACCCUCUCAACUGCACAGUGACCUACACGGGUGUGGGGGCCGAGGACAUCGACCUCAACCCGGCCAACAACCUCCUGACACGGACGGCGCUGUACGUUCUUCGGUGCCACGACCAGCGUGCGUUCCCGGCCCAGACGCACGUACACAUCCAGAACCCGAUCCCACUGGGCCGGGGUCUAGGCUCGUCCGGCGCCGCCGUGGUCGCGGGAGUCCUGCUAGGAAACGUCGUCGGCAAGCUCAACCUGUCCCGGCCGCGCCUCCUCGACUUCUGCCUCAUGGUCGAACGCCACCCGGACAAUGUCGCCGCUGCACUGUACGGCGGCUUCGUCGGCACGUACCUCAACGAGCUGGACCCGGUCGACAUGGCGCGCAAGGAAGUCCCGCUGUCAGAAGUCCUGCCUGAGCCCGCAGGCGGUGUCGACACUGGUCUCACGCCGCCCGUCCCGCCCGAGAACAUCGGCCACUACCGCCGCUUCAACUGGGCCAAGGAGAUCAAGGCUCUAGCCAUCAUCCCGGAUUUCGAGGUGAGCACCGCCAAGGCAAGAGAGGUUCUACCCAAGUCGUACACGCGGCAGGACAUGAUCUUCAAUCUUCAAAGACUGGCACUUCUGACGACCGUCCUUUCCGACUCGCCGCCGAACCCCGAUCUCAUUUACAGUGCAAUGCAAGACAAGAUUCACCAGCCUUAUCGCAAGACGUUGAUCCCUGCCCUGCCCGCUAUACUGUCGUCAAUGUCUCCUAGCUCACACAAAGGCCUGCUAGGAAUAUGUCUAUCGGGAGCUGGGCCCACCAUCCUGGCUCUUGCUACGGAGAAUUUCGAUGCCAUUGCAGGCGUCAUUGUACAGCAUUUCAAGGACGAAGGCAUCAACUGUGAGUGGAAGGUCCUCGAACCUGCCGAGGACGGUGCUACGAUAAGGGAAGUUUCCGGGGACGUUCCAAGUUACCGAGCAAGUCUCAAGACAGUAUAG